CGCUUGACGCGGCCGUUGCUGAUUGGCUGCAGCGCGGUUGCUUCACUCGCGUCCCGGAAGGGAAAGAGGAGUGCUCCUGUGCCGAAAUCUGUCGGUAAUAUCAGCAGGGUUUAUACUCGAAUAAAAAUGGACACCUGGAAUAAACUGAAGCAGUUUGAUGCAUAUCCCAAAACUCUGGAGGAUUUCCGAGUGAAGACGUGGGGAGGAGUGACAGUGACGAUCAUCAGCGGCAUCAUUAUGCUAAUCUUGUUCCUCUCUGAGCUGCAGUACUACUUAACUAAAGAGGUUCAUCCUGAGCUGUAUGUCGACACAUCGCGAGGAGACAAACUGAAAAUCAACAUUGACAUUGUUUUCCCUCACAUGCCCUGUGCCUAUCUGAGUAUCGAUGCGAUGGAUGUGGCUGGAGAGCAGCAGCUGGACGUUGAACAUAACCUGUUUAAACAGCGGCUGGACAAAGACCUCAAACCCGUCACCUCAGAAGCUGAAAAACACGAACUCGGGAAGGCUGAAGACAGUGAAGCGUUUGACCCCAGUAAACUGGACCCAGAUAGAUGUGAGAGCUGCUACGGCGCGGAAACUGAAGAUCUCAAAUGCUGUAAUACCUGUGAUGAUGUGCGGGAGGCGUACAGGCGACGAGGAUGGGCGUUUAGAAGUGCCGACACCAUUGAGCAGUGUAAGAGAGAAGGUUUCACGCAGAAGAUGCAGGAGCAGAAAAAUGAAGGCUGCCAGGUUUAUGGCUUCCUGGAGGUCAAUAAGGUGGCAGGAAACUUCCACUUUGCUCCGGGAAAAAGUUUCCAGCAGUCUCAUGUCCACGUGCACGCUGUGGAAAUACACGAUCUGCAGAGUUUUGGAUUAGACAACAUAAACAUGACCCACCUGAUAAAGCACCUGUCAUUUGGUAAAGAUUAUCCUGGCAUCAUCAAUCCGCUGGAUGGAACAGAAGUCACAGCGCCGCAAGCAUCAAUGAUGUACCAGUACUUUGUAAAAAUAGUUCCUACUGUCUAUGUGAAAACUGACGGAGAGGUGGUCAAAACAAACCAGUUCUCAGUCACCAGACAUGAGAAAAUAGCCAACGGUCUGAUUGGAGACCAGGGGCUGCCGGGUGUCUUUGUUCUGUAUGAGCUAUCGCCCAUGAUGGUUAAAUUCACAGAAAAACACAGAUCAUUCACACACUUCCUAACAGGGGUUUGCGCGAUUAUUGGUGGCGUGUUCACAGUGGCCGGUCUGAUCGACUCGCUCAUCUACCACUCGGCGCGGGCCAUCCAGAAGAUAGAGCUGGGCAAAGCUUCCUAACGCCGCCCCCUGCUGGCCAUCCAGGUGCAGAGCGGACCGAGCCAGAAAGAAGAGGGGCCGUCUUGGCUUUCUCUUUCUGUCUGCCAGCAGACUGAGCUGGAGACAUUCAGAGACACAACAAUUCCUCUUCUUCUGGAACACAAACUUCUGAGUCUCAGUGAUUCAUCGUCGUCUCUAAAACUCGAGGCUAACGGGACAAAGCUCCAGCCAGAAAUCUACAAGGGACACACUGAGCUACAUCUUGAGGACAGAAGGGGGCGCUCCAUCAAUCCAGUCUCCAGAAACUUCUUUUUGUGGGGAGAACUUGUUUUCCACCAUCCUGUUUCCAUCAGGGUCACCCCACAAGUUUUAUGGUCACACGGUGUCACGACAAACAAUCCCGUCUCACUUUCCGACCUGAAAUUGAUGACUAGACCAUUUUUUCUGUGGCACAUUUAUUCACAGUGAACGUUUGUAGUGGUUAGCGGCAGACGUAACAGGUUCACCCUGCACCUAGCAACCGCCACCCAGUCCAGGAUCUUGGUCAGGUCUGGUCUAGGUCCAUCCCAGGAGCAGGGUGGACCCGGGAUGAUGGUGUUCGGGGGUUGGGUUUUUUUUUUUCCUUUUUUUUUUUUUUUUUCCUCCUGUGGGUCAGCGUGGACUCGUGCUCAGCUCUCAUCAUGUAAUUCAUCAUCAUGGUUGUAUUUUUAUUUUUUCUGAUGCUGCUGUCACUCUCUGUGUUCGCUCUCGCUCUGUGUCUUCAGUUUGACUGGAUUUGGGUCUAAAUACGGUCUUGCGAAGCCUUAACGGUUUUUAUGCAGUGGGUCUGUGACUGUCACUCAGAAUGUUUGGGCAGGUUUUAAUCGAGUGAAUUAGGCCUUGAGUUUGAGGGGAAACAUUAUUAGAUUACAGAAUUCAUCAUGUACAGUUGCAGACAUAAGUUUACAUACACCUUGCUUUAAAACCGUCAGGCUGAUGUACAUUUUCCAUUUUAUCAAAGGAUGUGGAAGUUAGAAUGUCUGCUUUAUUUCCAAGUAAAUGUGUUUGGGGAAAAAAAGAUGAAUUUCAGUUUUUAUUCACAAUGUUAGAUUUUUAGUGGGUGAAACAUUUACAUCCUCAGAGAUGAAUGCCUCAAUAAAUAUAACCAAAGACCACAGAAAUUCCAUCUAUCGAUCCAGUCAUUCAUGUUCUAAAUUCACUUAUUCCUGUUGAGGGUAAUGGGGGCGGAGCCUAUCCCAGCAGUUAUGGAGUGAGAGGCAGGGCACACUCUCCUCACACAGGCUGCCAGUUUAUCACAGGGGGAUUCAUUUUAAAAGCUUCCGAAAAACUAAUUGACCUAACAAAUUAAAGCAAGGCUUUUUUUUUUUAUCUUCACCUGUUAGAUUCCCCCUUCAGAACCAUAUGAAAAAGACUGAUGGUACCAUGAGCACCUGUACAGUGUGUUUAUUAUUAUCCACAUAAUGAAUUUGUUUUAGUUUUUCUCCGAGCAGGAAUCGGGGGUGGUGGGGGGCCCAGUGUUUCACUCCGCCCACAGACCGCUGACUGAGAGCCGAAGGAAUUUUAGAGGUGGAAACAUGUCUGAUUCCUUAAAUCCAGCAAAAAAAUAAAAUAAAACAAAAAACAAUUGCAACAAGAACUUGAACAAGUCUUCUUCUGACAGCGCUACGCCAGCCACUAACGGUGUCCUGCGAACAGAUGGAUUUAGCUUCCUUGUAUCAUGGAAGCAUUAUUAUGAAAAGCUAAAGGAGAGGUGAAAGAGUGCAGAACAUAUGGGAGAAAAGCACACAGUAAAAAAGCACAAAAACGCACGCUAGUGAUGUCAUCUAUGCAGUGGAACCAACAAUGAGUGCCACAUGACAUAGAAUCCACCAAUCAGAUGGCAAGAGUUAAAUUAAUACCCAGGAAUGAAUGAAGUCUAACAAAUUGCAAGCUUUUAAAAUAACUUAAUAUGGAAAUAAAGCAAACAUUCAGUGAGACUGAGCACAUUGUUUGAUAAAAUGGAAAAUGUGCAGUUGGAGAGAAGUUUUAGCCAAACUUUACGAAAAUGAAGCGGCUGUAUGUUUGAAAAUGUAAAUAAGUACAGGUUUGUUAUGUCUUCAGUUGGUUUCCAUUUGUUUGAUUGGUUUUUUGUUUUGGUGAAACUGCACCCCCCCCCCCCCCCCCCCCCCCCCCCCAGUGGCACUUCAGAACAGUUGAGGACAAACUGAAGAGGGUUUGGUUUUGUUUGGGGGUUAUAAUUUGGUACUGGUUUGGUUUUGUUUGGGGGUUAUAAUUUGGUACUGGUUUGGUCCUUUUUGGGUCAGGUUUCUGUUUCUAAAGCAGACAUGAAGCUGAAGUUUGAAUCCUCUUUUGGAGCUUUCAUUCUUUUCUUUUUCUUUCUUUAUUCAUGUGGACCCUAAAUGUCUGGCUCACAGGCCUUACUUGGCUCCUGGACCGCUGGUUUGAUCACCCUGUAUUCAAACCAGCACUGGUGUGAUCACCCUCAUCUCGUCUGAAGUGAAGCGCACGUGAGCUUUUCAAGCCGCGUCUCGAUUGAAAACAAGAAGGUUACCAAAACGAGACUUAGUCAAAGACUAAACGUUAAGAUUGAACUUGUCUCAGAAUGAACAGCAAGCAGCCACGAGGUCACGUGACCUGUUCCGACUGAGCCCAGAUGAUGUUUUAGACCGUAUGCACAACUGCUUUAAAGUAUUACAGUAUUUUGAAACGAGUAUUUUUGCAGCUGUUGGAGUUCAUUUUCCUGCUGGGAAAAUGGAGACGGACAUAAUCUGGAUUUUUAUCGUAUUUUUUCUGGAUUUUCGCAUCUUAAACGUGUUGUUUGGAACAGAAAGGAGAAUGUGAAUCCAUUUAUUCUUGUCGAUAUUCUGAAGAAGCAGUUUGAGUCUUUGAAGAGCAUUUUAUCUCCAAAAACUGUCUGAGUGGAAAAAAAA